AUGCAUUCUCCGUUGUCUAUGCCGCCGCCGGGCUCAUGGCUGAGCACUGCUUCUACAGAGCUCGCACGUGUUCAGGUGCCCCUUUGGCUCACCACAUCCAUCAUCUGCGGUCUGAUCUACUACAUCUCAACGACGUUGAGCAACAAGACUCCCCUCCCUUAUAUCAACACUCCAAAAUGGUUCAUCCCCGAAGUUGUCGAGCAAAUCAACUUUGUGAAGAAUGGCAUGAAGACACUUGCAAGGGGUAGGACCGAGUUGAAGGACAAGCCGUACAGAAUGAUUACGCACAUGGGAGAAGUCACCGUGCUUCCCCCAAGUUAUGCUACCAUUAUCCGGAACGAGGAGACUCUUGACCUUCGAAGUCUGCUUGCAAAGGAUUUUCACAGCCAUCUGCCUGGGUUUGAGCCGGUUGGCGCUGUUGCCAAAUACUUGCAUCGUAUCGUUCACAGGUAUCUUAACAAACACCUCAACACCGUGACUGCACACAUUCCCGCAGAGGCAACCUAUGCUAUCAACUUACUAUUCAAGAACCCUUCCGACUGGAGUGAAGUCUGCAUCCGCGAGAAAAACGUCGAACUCGUGACUCGUCUCUCGUCCCGCGUCUUCCUCGGACCAGAACUCUGCCGCAACGAAGACUGGCUCAAGACCGCCAUAGACUACACCAACCACAGCGGUGGUGCAGCCAUCAAACUGAACCUCCUCCCCAGCUUCCUCCGACCGUUCUUCACCUGGUUCUCCAACGACUGCAAGCACGUCCGCAGCGACCUCGACAAGGCCCGCGCCAUCAUCAACCCCGUCGUCGAAGCGCGCCGCCAGCAAAAGCGCCGCGCACAGGCUGAAGGCAAGCCCGCCCCCGUCUUCACCGACGUGAUUGAGUGGGCCGAGAUUGAAGGCGGCGAGGAGGAAUACGAUGCCGCGAUUGCACAGUUGGGAUUCGCCGCCGCUGCCGUCCACACCACCACCGAUCUCCUCACCCAAACUAUGCUCCACCUUGCCAACGACCCCAAACAGAUUGAACCCCUCCGCGAAGAAAUAACCAGGGUUCUCACAACCGAGGGCUGGAAGCGAAACGCUCUCUUCAACAUGAAGCUCCUCGACAGUGCCAUCAAAGAAGCCCAACGAUGGAAACCAAUCAACAUGCUCGCCAUGCGCCGCAUCGCCCUCCACGACAUCACCAUCCCCGGCGGCCUCACCAUCCGCAAAGGCGAACGCAUCGGCAUAGACGCCUUCAACAUGCUCGACCCCAAGAUCCACCCCAACCCCGAAAAAUACGACAUGUACCGCUUCCUCCGAAUGCGCGAGGCCCACCCGGACCACGCCAUCAAAGCCCAGCUCGUGUCGACGUCGCCCGAGCACCUCGAAUUCGGACACGGCCAUUUUGCCUGUCCCGGUCGGUUUUUGGCUGCGGAUGAGAUCAAGAUUGCGUUGUGCCAUUUGCUGCUCAAGUAUGAUUGGAAGUUUGCAGAGGGCACGAGUUUGGAGUAUAUCCAGGCGGCGUUUUUUCAGAAUGUGAAUCCGGCGAAUAUGUUGUUGUAUAGGCGGCGCAAGGAGGAGAUUGAUCUUGAGACUGUGAAGUUGAAUUAG